CCAAAUCUUCCGAAUCUUCCCUCCCUCAGCUCCGCCUGCGAGCCACAGGGGCGGGCCACCCGAAGCCCAUCUGGAAAUCAGCAUGCCAGCAAGCGUCUGACUGCGCGGCCGCUGGCCUCAUCCCAUCCCAUCCCCAUCGUCGAAGUCCACGAUGGUCAGCAUUGUAUAAAGGGUGCUGGCUCCCGCUGUCAAAAUAAUAUCCUCAUACCGCAUCCAACCCAUCCAAACAACAACACAACAAACAUCUCUUUAUUUUCCUAUCAUCUGUUUUCUUUCCACUAUUUCCUUGAACACCAUCUUUCGUUCUUAAUCAGCCAACAUGCUCUCCAAGAUCUCGCUUCCUUUAAUUGGCCUCUCGUGCCUCGCCGUCGUUUCCGCCGCGCCUUUCUCAUUCGACAACAAUCCUUUGGGCAACCACUUUCCCACUCCCUCGGCAGGCGAGUUGGCUGCAAUCGAAACCCAAGCACAUGGCUCCAUUCCAUCCGGCAACCCGCCUCCCCCGCCACCGAAAGCCGAUACCCUCACAUCUCUGAGACUCAUCGCCUUCAAUGAGCUCUUCGAGGUUUCGUACUUCGAGCAGCUCCUCAAUCUUAUCGAGUCCAAGGCUCCUGGCUUCUGGGAUGACAGCCAAGAUAUGCAAUUCAUCCAGGAUGCUGUCACCGCCGUUCUCGCGCAAGAAGAGCUUCACGCCAUCAACGCCAACAACGCGCUGGCCAAAUUCGACCCCGCCGGACCCGUCCUUCCUUGCCAAUAUAACUUCCCCGUCAACAACCUCAAAGACGCCAUUGCCCUCGCUUCCACCUUCACCGAUGUGGUCUUGGGUACACUUCAGGAUGUUGCAACGCUUCUCGGGGUUGAUGGAGAUGCCGGCUUGAUCAGAGGCAUUGCCUCAGUGAUUGGUCAAGAAGGUGAACAGAACGGUUUCUACCGUAUCUUCCAGAACAAGAUCCCCAGCGCCCUCCCAUUCUUGACCGCCAGCACCAGAGACUUCGCCUUCUCCGCUCUCAACCAGAACUUCAUCGUUCCAGGCUCAUGUCCCAACUUCAACACCAUCAACCUCAAGGUGUUCGGUACCUUGUCUGUCGACACAACGAACAUUCAGCCGCAAAACCAAGACAUCGACUUCAGCUUCGACAUCCCCAAGACUGGCCUUGCUCCAGAAUGGAAGUCUGACUGCUCCGGCCUCGAACUUGUCUUCAUCAACCAACAGAACGCACCUCUCGUCGCCCAGGUCAAGAAGCUCGAUAUCGAUCUCAACGGUGGAAAGGUCAAGAUCACUGCCGACUUCCCAUUCGACCCCGCCAACUUCGGUAACGGUCUUACCUUGGCUGCUGUUGUGCUCGCCUCCGGUGAUCUGACGACUGUUGAUGGUGUUGCGAAGGCAGCAGUGUUUGGGCCUGGCCUGAUUGAGAUCAACUAAAGGGUGUCUGAUGAGUGAUAAUUUUGCAUUUUCCGGUUGCGUCGGCGUUGCAUUGCAUUGGGAUGGGAUGGUAUCAUGGAUUUUUUAGAUUCGAGUAAAUAUUUGCAUUAUACAUUCAUUUAUGCACUUUGAUGGUUUCUGAACGUGAAUGAGCCUUUUCCUGUGAAAAUCUCCAGCACUUAGGAAACACAAACUUUUCG